AUGAACCCUGCUAUUACGAAAGACGUCCGAUUGCGAAGACUCGAGGCUGCUCAUGUGCACGUCAAGGUCGAUCCUUACAAUCUCCCUUUAUAUGUCUGCAUCGCUCAGGAGUAUCUUGGCCUUGGAUACCCCGACCUGGCAGCCGGUGCUUGCUAUAAAGCGAUCUUACUUUCGGAUGCGUUGGACGACGAGGCCGACGAGUAUCAUGAAGCUGCUUCAGACUCCUUGAAGCUGGUCAUCCAGCAGCAACCACUUGAGGAGCGUAUUCGUAUCAUCAAGGAGGCCAUGAACGCUGAAGAUGGUGAAACGGCUACUCCUGACAGCGACACGGCUCUUGACAUCGAGCUGACGCUGUGGCUGAGAGAACAUUACCGGCUGAUCAUGUACCGCAUUCUGACCAGAAGUCUUCUGCUGUGUGAAUGCUAUAGGUCAGCGCACAUCUAUCUUUGUCAGGGCAUCCAAAUGUUCCUCGACGACGAUGAGCUUGCGGACAUAUUUGGAGAUCUCUUCUUAAAAAUUCGGAAUAUGCCGGGGAUGCCCGAGAAUCAUCACGAACGACCCUGGGAAUUUUCGGACAACGGCUGGGUGCGAAGAGAGCACUAUCCUUGGAACAUCUACGAGCCCGACCGGCUGAACCGCCUUGACAAUCUGAAUGAGAUGAUGGAGGAUGUCUCAGACAAGUUGGAAGUACGGGCGGUAGCUCUGCCCGUCCUCAAUGGCGACCCGCGAGAGGUCGUCACUCAGCUUGGUGUCUUUGCCAAGGAAGAUAUCGAACCAGGCGAGGUCAUUCUCAACGAAACGUCCAUGCUCACCGCCAACAACCGACUCCAAGACGCACUGUGUGACGCUUGCAGCGGCGACAUCCCUCCACUGGACAGUCCGGACGCUGCCAAAGUUGUGGUCUGCUCCGAUUGCGAAGUCGUGUUCUGCAGCCAGUGGUGCUGGGAAGCGGCGGUCGACACAUACCACGACGCUCUUUGCGGCAAAGACGUCGAGGCCAUCGCGAAAGACGUCCCCCCUGCAGAAGCUGCAGACUCGCUCUAUGCCCUGCUGCUUCUGCGUGCUCUUGCCAUGUCAGAGACCGUAGAGUGGCAUCCACUUGACCUACCUGAGGUGCGCUUCAUCUGGGGAGAUCUGAGCCCGGAGGCCAGCGACAAGCUGCCAUACAAGGACUUCCUCAGUCCCGACUCUUGUCUUGUGCCACGACGAUUGCCGUUCUCUUUCCAGUACAACAUUCGGCUUCCAUUCCACAUGCUGGAAAAGAUGGACAUCGACAUCUUCGCCAAUCCACAAUACGACGUGUGGGUUUUCAACACUUUGUAUGCCAAGUUCCGAGGAACCGCAUCAGCCAGACUAUCGGGCACUGGAGGAACGGCAAUACGUGGUCCCGAGGUCAGCGCCGUGCACCCAAUGUGGUGUCUCGCCAACCACAGCUGUGACCCGAAUGUCCGUUGGGAGUGGGGUGGAAGCAUCAAAUUCUGGUCGACUGACGAGAGGGUUCCUUGGACUGGCCGGGACGGGAAGAAAGUCGUGAAGUCACGGGCCGGCAUAAAGAAGGGUGAGGAGGUGUUGAAUCACUAUUGUGAUAUUGAGCUGUCGGUCAAGGAUCGAAGGGAGUGGGCUUCGGGUGCCCUCGGAGGAGACUGCAUGUGUGAUCGGUGCGUGUGGGAAGCGGCUGAGGAAGAGCAGGCGAACGGAAAGGCGAAGUAG